GCCUAUCCAACAUGGCAAAUCUAUGCUUUCAUUUCUUCUCCUCCAUUUUCUCCAUGCUCUUUCUCAUGGUUUUUCCAUCUUUAUGUCAUUCCAGUUUUACCCUCGAUGGAUUGACACUUUUUGCUUUCAAAUCAUCUAUUAGGGACCCCUACAAUCACUUAAAAAGUUGGUCCAACUCAUCAUCUUUCUUUUGCCACUGGUUUGGAGUCACAUGUAACAAUGAGAGAGUGAGAAUAUUGAGUCUUCCUGAGAUGGGUCUUGAGGGCACCUUACCAUCACAAAUUGGAAAUUUGUCCUUCCUAGAGAAACUUGAACUACAAAGCAACAACUUUCAUGGUCGGCUGCCAAAAGAGUUGCUUCAACUGCGCAAACUAGAAAUUCUAAACUUGAGUUAUAAUGCAUUUAGUGGAGCUAUUCCAACUUGGAUUGGGAGCUUGUUUAUGCUUCAACGCUUGAGUCUUGGCAAUAAUAGUUUUGGAGGUCUCAUUCCUCCAAGUAUAUGCAAUUUGUCUAACUUGGAGACCUUGGAUUUAAAGUCUAAUUCUAUCAAUGGAUCUAUUCCGGUGGAUAUUGGAAGACUUCAACAUCUAAAAUUUUUAAGCAUUUCUAGAAACAUGCUUUCAGGAAGGAUACCUCCAACUAUCUCUAACUUAUCAUCACUUGAACACAUCUCAUUGUCUCUCAACUUCUUAGAAGGACAUAUUCCCAAAGAAAUGAAUGAGCUUACAAAUCUGAAAAAUAUGUACAUGGGUAUGAAUAAGUUGUCAGGCCAAGUACCAAGAAUUGGAAAAUUGAUCAUGCUUGAAAAUUUAUAUCUUGCAAGCAAUAACUUCCAAGGAGAUAUUCCCAAUGAAAUAAGUAAUCUUACAAAUUUGAAUAGCAUUUACUUAAGUGCUAAUCAAUUGUCUGGUCACAUACCAAGAGGCAUUGGCAAGUUCACUAGGCUUCAAGAGUUAUUUCUAGACAACAACAACUUAGAAGGAAAUAUUCCCAAUGAAAUUAUAAGUCUUGCAAAUCUAAAGAUAAUGAGCCUAAGUGUUAAUCAACUAUCUGGCCCUAUUCCAGAUGGUAUUGGAAACUUGACUAUGCUUCAACAAUUGUAUCUUGAUAGCAAUAAUUUAGAAGGUCCUAAAUUUGUUGACUAG